AUGCCGCAGCGACCCUUCGUGUCGGGAUUGAUCACUCUCGGAAUCUCAUGUGUCGCAGCAUACUCAUCAUGGGCUUUGGUGGCACAUAACUGGAUUACAUGGGAUCCGUCUCAUGGUCCUUCCAUGUACCCGUCUAUACCCAGCAGUCUCUCGUACAACAUCUAUUCUCGCAGAUACAAACGAGGAAAGAACAUCAAAAUUGGAGACGUAGUGGUCUUUGAGAGCCCCAUCUUCCUCCGCGGCAUGGCCUGCAAACGGGUUAUUGGCAUGCCGGGCGACUAUGUCCUCCGUGAUCCUCAUAUGUCUCCCACUGUGGGCGGCGCGCCCAUUCCUGGUCUCUAUGAAGGCGAUGGAUUGCGAGAAGAGCCGGUCAUGGUACAGGUCCCAGAGGGCCAUGUGUGGGUAGCUGGAGAUAAUCUAUCCUACAGCAGAGAUUCUCGGUUUUAUGGCCCGGUGCCAAUGGCUUUGAUUACGGGCAAGACUCUGUAUGUUGGCGAUGGAUAUUUCAAUUGGACUUCUUUCCGCAAAUCGCAAUUACAACCAGCUACCGUGUCAGACGUUAUAUCGCAAACGCCUGUGGAAGGAAAAGUGGCGCUCGAAGACACCCAGCCCGGCUGA